GCGGGCCCCGGUGAGCCGCGGUGAGUGCGGGUCAAGGGGGACGGUCGACACAGGCGCACGCACACCCUCCCCAGGCUGGUGGCUCGGGGGGCAGCUGGCCCUCGCCCGUCCGCUUGGCCACUCGAGUCGGCGAAGGUAUCGAGGGUGUGCGGGUGUCGGUGAGCAUAUGGAGGGUGCUGCUGGCGUUAGGCGGGCGUCUAGAGGGUGCUGUGCGGGGGGAUACCUGGGGUGCGGAGGUGUUGGUGGGGUUAUACAACGUGUGCUGGUGCAGCUGAGCAUAUUUAGGUUUGGGAUAGUCAGCCGUGACCCAGUCCCAGUGGCUGAAGAGCUGCCCUCUGGCUGAGACCACAAGCGUGCCCCGGUCCAUCCCUGGGGAGGAAAGCAGGGUUGGCUGAUGGCACCACAAGGCUGGUGUGUCCCAGCUGGCACCCAUCAGCUUUCCCUUGUGACACUGCUAACGAGAGUGAAUGGUGGAAAGAUAGAUUAGGUUUGUGGUAACUGAGCAGUGGAGGAGGCUAAUUUCUCACAUCCUCCCUUCCUUGAUGCUCGUUUUGGAAAGGUGUCCCAUGAUAAUUUGAGGAACACAGUAACUGCAGCAUCUGUAGCAUCAUUCAGGGUUGUUCAUUUGCUCAGGAGGGAAGAGACAUUAACGAUGUGGAGUUUCCUUCUCCAAGCAAAUCCAUGAGCUGCUGUCUGAGAGUGCAGUGGAAGAAGGAGGAAAACUCCCAGAAGAAAGGAGAAGGGAGCCUGGUGCCGUCGGUGAAAGCAGUGCUGACACAAGGGACCCCUGAGACUCUGGUUAGCAAAAGGAGCAGUAUGAUGCUGAGCUCUGCAAGCAGGGACCUUUGAGAAGGAACAGCUGGUUUGGAAGCUUUCCCCCAAUUUAAAGCUGAUUGAAUGGGCAAAAUGCCUGCUCCAGAGCUGUGGAACUGCAUCCCAGAAGAAAUCCUCAUCCAGAUUUUCCACUAUCUUCCUCUUCGAGACAGACACACAGUCUUCUUUGUGUGCAGACAGUGGGCUGCAGCUGUUUCUUCUAGCUCUGUCUGGCAUUUCACAGAGAUCAGCUGCGACUCAGAGGAUGAAGGAGACAUGCUGCAGAGCCUGCCCCACUUCCUCAGCCAAAUCAAACACCUGAAGAUUGCCUUUGACCAGUCCAAGGAGACAAACCGGAGGAGCGUGAUGUGCAUCUUGGAUCUGCUGGCAAAACAGAACCACAGCCUGCAGCAGCUGUGUGUGGUGUGCCACGGGGAGAACCCCUACUUCUACUCUGGGCAGGACAUCCUGCGGAGCAUUGCGAAGCUGUGUGCCGCUCCAAACCAGGGAGGCCUUCAGCACCUUGAUUUUCGGCACCUGCCCUUCACUCUGGACGCUGAGCUGGUUGAACUCUUGGCUGCCACCAACCCCAACCUGCGGAGCCUGUUCAUCAACAACCACACCCUGGUAUGCAACGUGCCACCAGACACCAUCAGGAAGGUUCUGAGAGCAUGCCCCAGGCUCUCAGCCUUGGGGGUUUACUAUGCCAGCUUGUCUGACGAGGUGUUUGAGGAGCUGCUGGAGCCUCACCGAGCGCCUUUCUGCCACCUGGAUGUUUUGUGCGAGCGCCUGGGCAAGUACACCCCUGUCAUCUCGGAACAGCGCUGGGCUGCUGUGAGCCAGAGGCAUCCUCAGCUCUCUGUAGACCUCGAGUUUGAUCACACCAUCCCUGGCUGCAAAAUACCCCAGAUCCUGAAGCCAAACAUCCCUGUGAGCACGCUGCAGCUCAACACCCAUAACUACAUGGUCAGUCAGAUCGGCUUCAUCACCUGCAGCUACAGCAGGACUUUAAAGAAGCUGACGCUGCAGACCACCUCCUCAGACGACUUAAAUUCCUCCCUAGUGGAUCUGGCCAGGCGGUGCAGAAACCUGCUGGAGAUCCACUGCUACUGCGUGGUCAGCCAGGAGGUGGUGGAAGCGUUCCUCACGCACUGCCCCGCUCUCAAACAGUACACUUUGAAGGUCACCAAGGAGCAGCACCCCUGGAAACCUGUGACAGUGAUUCAGUGAGCGGCUCCUGCUGACCUCCUGGAGCAGUCGUGGGGAGCUGCAGAAGGAGAAUGCUGCCAAAUGCCCUCUGCACUCGCUGCCAACCUGCUGCCUCACCAGCAGUGGCUCUUGUGUGUGGUGCCCACCUGUUCUGCAGACCAAGCAUUUGCACUCCAGUGUGAUAAAGGGCUCUACAGAGACACAGAAGUGCCCUCUCUUUCUGGCUGUGCCCACUCCCUCCUUUAUGGAAUGUGUAGGGCAGAUCUCUUUUCCUUCUCUGUUGCUUUAUCUAACAGUCACAGAAUCACAGAAACAUGCAUGUUGGAAAAGAUGCUGAAGAUCAGAAAGUCCAACCUGAUCCUGAGUUUACCCUUUGCAGGUUUUUACUGAGGACCUCAGAAAAAAAUGAUUUUCAUUUUGCACAAAAAAAAAUACAUCUCCAAGUCAAGCUCCUUGUGGUAGGUGCCCAGCAACUGUGUUAAGGUUAAGGUGCUCCCUUAGUUGUCUAAAGAUGCCACUUAGUUAAAUGAGUGGCAGCUUCAGUGCAGCUGUUUUCUGCCUGGUGGGGUAUGUGUCUGUGCAGAUCCAGUGAGACACAGCCAUGAGCUGUGCUUAUCAGGUGGAAAAUCCAUCAGAUGGGUGAAUCCAUCUGAGUUAGAUCCAUCUAAAGCUAGCUCCAUCUGACCUUGGUAAUGCCUGCUGCUUCAGUGAUGGGGGGCUCAACUGUUCGCACACUUAACAGCUUGGAUGGAAAAGGAGCUGAUAGAAAAGGCAGGCAGGAGGAAGAGUCACAAGGUGGCAAUGAAAGGCACACGGCCUGCACUUUGCCUUGUCCGUGCUGCCUGUGCCUUGCUUUGCUCAGGAGGGCAAAUUUCCAGGGUUAAUUGGAAGGCCUUUUGCCAAGUGCUUUGCUUUUAUUACACUGGUGGGAUUUCCUAGGAGAAUGAAGAGUGUGGACAGCUUCUGCAUCCAAGAGCUGCAUUUGCAGGCAAGUUACCAGGUGUCUGAAUUAGCCUCUCUGUUUGCUGCUCUGGGAUGCCAAAGGUGUUUUGGUGGUCAGGUGAGCAUUAUUUGAAGAGCAGUUUCCAAGCUGAAAUGACCUAGCAUCUGAGAGCUGCGUUUGCAGGCAAGCUGACAGGCCUCUGAAUUAGGCUCUCUGUUUGGUGGUCUAGGGGUGCCAAGGGUGUUUUGGUGGUUUGGGUGUGCCAAGGGUGAUUUGGUGGUCAGGGGUGCCAAGGGUGUUUUGGUGGUCAGGGGUGCCAAAGGUGUUAUGGUGGUCUGGAAUGCCAAGGGUGUUAUGGUGGUCAGGUGAGCAUUAUUUGAAGAGCAGUUUCCAAGCUGAAAUGAUCCUGGCAUAAAGGGACACCAUGAUCACCUUUUUGGAGCUGUCAUCUGAAGCCUUCAUUGUGAUCAUAAUAAAGCACACUGUCUGGA